CGGAAGAUUCAAAACGAAGAUGGCGGCUGAAAAAGAUCCUCAAAACAAUCACAAACUGGACAGACGGUCUACAAAAUGCAGCGUUUUUAACUGUCAGGAAAAGUCAGACUCGAGCCAGCCAGUUAUCUUCAACCCAGAUUUCUUCGUGGAAAGGCUGAGACAUGAGUAUCCACAGGCCUUCGUGGAUUUGGUGCUUAGUAAUAUCACUCGACUCAUCGAUCUACCAGGAGAUGAGUUUUCUCAGCUCAGCGGAGAAGCUGAGCCAAGGGUGCCUUCUUCCAGCGGCUUUCUUCGUUCCUUCAACUUCCUGAAACGAAAAGAAAAAGGAGUGAUUUUUGGUGCAACCUUAACGGAGGAAGGAAUAGCGCAGAUCUAUCAGCUCAUUGAAUACCUGAGUAAAAACCUUCACGUGGAGGGGUUAUUCCGUGUACCAGGCCACAGCUUAAGGCAGACAGCCCUAAGAGAGAUGCUAAACUCUGGGGCAGAGAUUGAUCUAGAAACAGGCGACUUCCACCCCAAUGAUGCAGCCACACUGCUUAAAGUCUUUCUAGGAGAACUGCCUGAGCCACUGCUGACUCACCGACACUAUCAUGCUCACCUAAAGAUUGGAGAGUUGAGUCGCUUUGACGAGAAGGGAAAUAAGACAAACAUGCCUGAUAAGGAACGUCAGAUAGAGGCAUUUCAGCUGCUGUUCAUGCUGCUCCCACCACCCAAUCGCAGCCUGUUGAAGUUGCUGUUGGACUUGCUUUAUCACACUGCUCGUAAUCAACACGUUAACAAGAUGUCUGCUCUCAAUCUUGCUACAAUGUUUGCACCACACAUCAUCUGGCCCAAAAAUGUAAUGGCAAGUGACUUGCAGGGAAACAUUGAUAAACUGAAUAAUGGUGUAGCGUUCCUCAUCAGGUACUCACAAAAGUUGUUCAAGGCUCCUGCAUAUAUCAAAGAAUAUGCCCGCUUAUACUUCACAGGAUCAAAAACACUCCAGUCAAAUGAUGACCUGACACUCUGUGCUGGGGCUAAAAAUGGACCUGUAGCUGGAGUCACAAUUGACUCCCUUCCUUCUCCUAUGAGAAAAAUUGGAGGUGAGGUCAACAACACCUGUAGUAUGAACUCCGAUGAAACUCCCAGUUAUACUGAAGCUGCUCUCAAAGAGCUGUUCCAGCAGGUCACCAACAUGCCAGAGUCCGCCAAAAAGAAAAAACUCAUCAAACAGUUUGAAAAGCAGCCUUUACUGACACCUUCAGCUGAUUCUCGAACACCGUUCAGCAGGAGACACUGGCGUUCACGCUCUUUGGGUGGAAUCAUCAAGAGAAAGGUGUUGGGAAGCCAAAUAUUAACAGAGAAAGAAAACAGACUGCAAAAUCCUCUGCCGCAUGGUUCAUUGGAUGGCCAGAGAAGUGAAAACAAGAUCUGUAAAGGCGAUUGAACUGCCUGUAAGAGCUGGCUCCUCACUGCUACAGAAUCAUCAGUUGAAUACAUUGAGGCUGUUGAAGAAUCCUCUUAGGUGUCCACAGUAGGAAACGAUGUAAUUCACUGAGCAGCUGUUUUGUUGUACAUCUUUCUGUUCAUUUUUCUCCAGCAAAAGAAGAAUUUUAUUGAUUAGUUGACCACCGAAGAAAGUGCCAGCAUUUUUUACCGAAAUCUAGUCUUCUAUUAUUGGACUUUAGAGUUCAAUGCAAUCUAGUGCUCAGUCAUUCAUAUUUCCUAUGUUGUUAAAUCUUACAUCACUUUGUGAUUGCAAAUACUCAUAUAUAUAUAUAUAUAUAUAUAUAUGUACACACCAGGAAAUGAGCAUUUCCCUUAACCACCACUUGAACCAUUGACAUUUAAUUUUAAAGCCUCAUAUUUAUUUUUUCCCUUAGUCUUCUGAAUGUCUUGAAGUGACUGACAUUAGAUGUUUUGAAGGAAAUGUGAAAUACAAGGGUUUUUUUUAUUUUAUUCCAAUCUUAAAUUGACUGAGUUACAGUAAAUACAGUAAGGUGACAGCAGCAAAUACAGACUUUUAUUGGAAAUUUGAAGAUGUGCCUUAGAUGAAUACAUUUUAAGUUACUGUAUGUUACAUUUAUUAUUUAACAUAAGAUGCUUUUUUUAUGAACGACCCAAAUAGCUUUAAGAAUAUGCAAUUUUUUCUAUGAUUUAUCAAUCAAUUGGCAUUCGUUGUCAGUAAAAUUAUAGAAAAGGAAGAAUACAAAGCAAAAGUCUCGAUGUCCAGCCCAGAUUAUUAUAUAUAUUUAUACAUAUGUUCUUUGUCUUACUUUAGCUCAAGUCUUGAGUAACACUGUGAUGCUUUAAACUACUGUUAUUCUAAACUACAUGUUUUUUGCUUUAUGUAUUCUAGUAUUUCUCAGGCGAGUUUUGAUUCUUAUGCAACAUUGUAUACAUGCAUCUGCAUCUUUCUAGUUCCUCAGCUUUUUAGUGCAAUUUUGAUAUAUGAUUUUAUGGCCUUUUUUAUUUAAAUGGAUAGUUCUUUACAAAUGAAAAUGAGUUUAUUGCUGUCUUCAUUUGUGGUUGUUAACCCAGUGAUUUUUAGACCACUACCACUGUAAAUACCUCCUUGUGUUUUUUUCAGUCUUUCAGGAGCAGUAUGUUUUUCAGUGGCCUCUGUCAAAGCUGUUACAAUUUAAGCAUCUUCUACUGCUGCUCAGUCAACAUAACAGACUGUGUUGACUGAUGAUACUUGAUGUGACUGUGAAGCUAUGCAACCCUCUGCAAUUAAAACACAUCAAGCAGCA